CUUAUCUAUAAAUAUAUAGAUCUUUAUACAUCAGCUCUCGAGAACUUGCUCGUCAAAGCAACCCACUCAACAUCUUGUUCUGUGCCGUCUUAUAUAACCAACAAAAAUGCAUUCUUCAAGCUUCUUCGCCCUCGCCCUCGCCAUCUGCGGCGGCGUGGUCGCCGUGGCCGUCCCAUCUAACACAGCUCCGAUUCCGCCGACUCCGGUUGCCGAGUUUGCGGCUGCCGCUACGCCGGACUGCACCUCGAUCGAGGAGUACUGCAAGUGCAAGGACGACGAUUUCCAAUGCGAGACCAACGUGAAUUGCGAAUGGUGUCGUGACCACAACGCUUGGGGUGACGAGAACCCAACGUCGUCGUCGAAGGCUUAAAGUACCUAAGCUACCCCCUAUCAUUAUCUAUCUUCAUGCCAAGCAACAAUAGGGAGAUAUUACUUGAACGGGAGGCUAAAAGGAUGACGGCGACAAUGAUAGCGGCGAUGGACAUUUCACUUUGCUACGUACAC